AUGCCUGGGUAAUUAACAUUUCAAAAUUUCAAAUAGCAACCCAUGCUGGCCACUAAGAGCACAGCAAUAGGCUACCGAGGCCAAUUGCCACCAUCCAUUCUGCCUAAAUUCACCAUUCAUUUCCACCAUUGCCUGAUUUCACCAUUCAUUUCCACCAUCCAAAUGGGUAUAUAAGGGGGCCCAUUAUAAUCAUUUUCUUAAUAAUUUUUUAGGUUACCAGAGGAAUAGGAGAAUAGGGCAAUGCUGGAUCGUUGGCUAGGGAAAAUAUUAAAAUGUUCCACAAAAGGAAACCAAUUUAUCUGUUCUUACCAUUUAGGUUGCAUGUACUUGGAAGGGGAUCUACCCUGGGAUUUUACAAAGAAUUCAGGAUUGAAAUCAAAUGGAAUUGAAACUAUGGGUCCCUAGUAGUAUGGUCGUCCAUCAUUUUUGCUUAGGCUGAAUCCGAACUCUGAGGAGGGAUAUCUCAAGUUGAUAUACAACAACCCAGGGCAUUUAGAAAUUUAUAGAGAAUCAGAUAAAGAUCAGGGGAAUUAAGUUAAUGCAGGGUAAGGACCAGGUAAAUCAUUCAUUUCACUUUUAUUUGUAUUCUACAUAACCAUAUUUGUAUUCCAUUUACUAGAUGAUUUAAGAUAACUACUCCCUUCACCUCCACCAUUUAGAGAAUCUCAAAUGUAAAAAUGGCUAAAUGCCAUUCGAGUACCCAUUUAGAAAUCACUACUACUACAGCUACUCCUGAGAACAGAGAACCUCCUCCACUACUAUACUGUUUGA